CCCUAACGAAUCCCUCUCCCUCCCCUUUACCUCCUUAUACUCUCUUGGAAUCUCUCCUUCUCUCACAUCCCGUUCUCUCUUCUUCUUCUUCUCCUCUUCCUCCCCGUGGACUAUAACUUUGUAAUAAUGACGACGGACUCGAUGUCUAUAAAGAACAACCAUCUGCCCCCCUCCCUCCUCACCGCCCUCGGAGGCGGCGGCGUGGACGGCGAAGGAGGCGAGGGCGAUGCCAAGCCCGGAGAGGAGGAGCCCCAGGGCGCCCCCUCCUCCUCCUCCGCGGCCGCCGCCGCCGAGGAGUCAGGGAACGGAUCCAAGAAGCCUGUCGUCCUCGUGACGAACGGCGACGGGAUUGGCUCCCCGGGGCUCGCCGCCCUUGUUGAGGCCCUCAUCCGCUGCGGCCAGUGCGACGUCCACGUUUGCGCCCCCGAAUCGGACAAGUCAGCCUCGGGUCAUGCAGUUACCGUUCGUGAGACCGUCGCCGUGACUUCUGCAGAGUUCCAUGGUGCCACGGCUUUUGAAGUUUCUGGGACUCCUGCUGAUUGUGUCUCCCUGGCUUUGUCAGGCGUGUUGUUUUCUUGGUCCAGGCCAGCAUUGGUCAUCAGCGGUAUCAACAAGGGAUCAAAUUGUGGCCAUCACAUCUUCUACUCUGGUGCUAUUGCUGGAGCUAGAGAGGCCUUACUAUGUGGACUACCUUCUUUCGCAAUCUCAUUGAAUUGGAGGAAGGAUGAAAGCCAAGAAAGUGAUUUCAAGGAUGCAGCUGAAGUUUGUUUACCACUAAUACAUGCAGCCAUUAGGGAUAUUGAAAAGGGACUUUUCCCAAAAAAUUGCUUGCUGAGCAUAGAAAUUCCUACCUCCCCUUCUACAAAUAAGGGCUUCAAGCUGACCAGGCAGAGUCUGUGGAGGUCUUCUCUGAGCUGGCAAUCUGUGUCAGCAAACAGGCAUCCUUCUGCCGGGCAGUUCAUGUCUAUGCAUCAAAGUCUUGGAGUGCAGCUCGCACAGCUUGGCCGAGAUGCCUCUGCAGCAGGAGCAGCUCGUCGCAUUAAUGCUCCAAGGAAGAACGUGGAAAUAGAGUCAGUUGGAGCAGCUGGAAAACCUGAGACUCAACGAGAAGUGGUGAAGAAGUACUUCCGUCUAAAGUUUCUUGAGAAGGAGCAAGAAGAAUUAAACGAAGAUCUUGAUUUUAGGGCUCUGGAAAAUGGCUGUAUUGCUGUAACUCCUUUACAUUUGAAUUUGCGUGAGGGCUCUGAGAUCCAAGCCUCUGCUUCAGAGUGGUUUGCCUCUGUUCCAACGGGAGGUGGAGAGGCUCUUCGAGGCUGACACAGCACAUAUGUUUGACCUGUAUUACUGUUGUAGGUGGUUACUUUGUUUUGACUUCCACGUUGAAGGUGUCACUUUUGUUUCCAACUUGCCCUCAUUCCAUUGUGUUCGUUAAUUGUUCUUUAUAUUCGAAGGAACCCAUGCUCGAUCCGUUCCAUUAAUAUGAUUGGCGGUGGCAUGUGUUCCAAUUGUUGUGUGGGCUUGAUUUGUUUAGAUUGGAGAUGGGCGGCUCUGUGUUACUUAGACCUUCUGGCUUUGCCUGGAAUUUGUUUAUCCCUAACGGAGUUUGCCUAUUUUUCCAAA